GCGCCUCGGUCCCUGCCGCCGCCGCCGCCAUGUGGCCACCAGACCAGGAGCCCGACCCGGACCCGGACCCGGCCUCGGCGCGCGCCGGCCGCUCUCAGCCCGGCGCGGCGAUGCCGGGGCUCCGCGCCCUCCUGCCGGCGCGCGCCUUCCUCUGCUCGCUCAAAGGCCGCCUCCUGCUGGCCGAGUCGGGUCUCUCAUUCAUCACCUUUGUCUGCUAUGUGGCGUCCUCUGCAUCCGCCUUCCUCGCAGCGCCUCUGCUGGAGUUCCUGCUGGCCCUCUACUUCCUCUUUGCGGAUGCGAUGCAGCUGAAUGACAAGUGGCAGGGCUUGUGCUGGCCCAUGAUGGACUUCCUGCGCUGUGUCACAGCCGCUCUCAUCUACUUCGCCAUCUCCAUCACAGCUGUCGCCAAGUACUCGGAUGGGGCUUCCAAAGCAGCUGGGGUGUUUGGCUUCUUUGCCACCAUCGUGUUUGCAAUCGACUUCUACCUGAUCUUUAAUGACGUGGCCAAAUUCCUCAAACAAGGGGACUCCGCAGAAGAGAACACAGCCGAUAAGGCAGAAGAAGAGAAUUCUGACUCUGACUCUGACUGAAGCCCUGCCCCGCCCCAACCACCCGAGCCCCGCAGACCCCUACAGUCGUGCCUUCUGGCCGGGUGCAGUCAAGACACCACAUGCGCUGGGAGAGAGGCGGUGACUUCUCCAGCAGCAGUGGGAGCUGCUGACGGAGCCGGCCUCCUCAUGGCUCCGAGGUGACAUGCCCAAGCCCGGCCUACCCAACAGCACCCCUCGGUUGAGCAGCAUCUAAUAACCACUGCACACACGGGGGCAUCGUGAAUAGUCUGCCAUGCCUCCUCAUUUCUGCCUCACAGACCUUAAGCCUUGUACACUCUCUGCCAAAAAUAA